GGUGUGGGUACGGACAGCAACCAGGGCAGGGUCAGGGGCAGGGAUAUGGAUAUGGGUAUGGGGAUGAGGUCUCUGAUGGGUUCUUACACGGGAUCUCUGUUGAGAGUCUGAUCAACGCUCUGGACCACGACCCACCCCUAAUCGAACUCGGUCCAGUCUCCCACCUUUCAAACCCCUCGGCACACCUCCCAAACCCGGCGCAAGCGUUACAAUCCGCCUUUCCCUCCCCGCUAGCCUUGCAACUGUUUCACCACUUUGCCAACCACGCCUCCAGGAUCCUCGUCACCAUGGGGAACAACGGUCCUCACAAGAACCCCAUCCUCACGCUGUGUACGCCUCAGAGGUUGUUGGAUACUUCUUCGGCGGCGGCGGCGGCGCUCAGGAUGAGCAUGUUGAGCACGAGCAUUGCGCAUUUGGAGAACGAGUUGACGGCGAGGGAAAAGCGGAGACGAGGGUGUGGGUGUCGUUGUCAGAACCAGGGUCGGGACGGCGAUUCGAACGGGGAUCUGAAUAUGGAAAGGAACAGGUUGCAGGAUGAAGACCCUCACCUCGAUCGUGGACGAGCGGCCUACUUGCACGUGAGGGAUCGGUUAAGAGAGGUGGGGAAGCGAUUCAAGACGGCCGCUCUGGCGAACAUCGUCUUGGUAGAAGAAGACGAGUCUGAUCAGUUCGACACGGUCUUAGCGACCUGCGUGAUCAUCAUGAUGCGGGACGUCAUCUCCGCAUCAGACUGGUCCGAGAAUUUCGAAUACGCCAUCCGACUCGUCUCCAAACGAGGCGGCCCUCAAGCCGUCUUGAGCAGCGAUCCCACGAAUUUCACCAGGAGGUUCUUGUUGGAGAACUUGACUACGCACGAUAUCUUUAGCUGCUUCAUAACCCAAAAAGAACCCGUCCUGAUGGACAGGUUCGACCCCUGGUGGUACUCUUGCAUCGAGACGUCGUCCCGUUCUUGGGAGUGGGAGAGCGUCGAGCGGACGUUUGGGAUCUCGAGGGGGAUGGUGGAUUUUAUCGCUAGGGUAGUCACCCUCAACGCCCAAAAACGCCGUCUCCGGAUCGACUUCACCUCCCCCGCCUCGGACGCGGGGAUGUACAAGGUAGAAUCCUUUAUGCGUCGCCAGGCCGAGUCGCUCUUGCUGGAACUGGACGUCUGGCACAACGGGUUGAGUACGCUUUCACAGCAUGUGAGGGUGGAUUGUGGGGAUUAUAUAUAUAAGUAUAUGUGUUGUGUUUAUAUUCUGGGUGAGAUCCUGGAUCAGCCCGUGAACACUCCUCGUAUAACGAGCUCCAUCGACUACGUCCUCGAACUCUGCAGCGAAGCCACAGCCCUCCGCCAGGUGGUCAUGCUCGUCUGGCCUCUUCUCAUCUGCGGCUCCUUUUGCCUCUCUAGCGUCCGGGGGAAAGUCUUGUCCCUGCUAGACGCGUUCGAGGACGACUAUUGCGAAGACUUGCGGGUUGCCAGGGAGAUUGUUUUGGAACAGUGGAAGUGCAUGGAUGAGGGGUUGGGGAGGAGGAGUUUUGGAGAGGUGAUGAUGAGGAUAGGCAAGUAUGUGUUGUUGAUAUGAAACGAUGGCAUUUGCCGCCCUUGAACAUGGGAUUAUGCACCGCGGA